AUGAUCCAACGAGCGAAAACACCUGACACCCAAGAGUCAAGUGGAGGGCAAGAACUAGCCCCAAACCACCCAGCCGCGAAGCACAAGCCAGCCUCUACGCAAGAGCAAGCCGACCGACUCAAAAACCUGGGAACCUCUACCGUCAAUACAGGACUUUGGACAGAAGCGCAGGAAAAGUUGGAUGAUGAUCAUUUACGUCAGCUGAAACGGUUCAUCAAGAUUGGUGAUGGAGACCUCCACCGAGCCGCCGAGGAAAGACUGAACACUAUUCGGGACUCCCGGUUGGAGAUCGAGGUGAACGGAAAGAAGCACAACGUGAGAGAGGGAGCAAAAAAGGUUCUCGACACGUUGUGCAGAUUUGGACCCGUCAUUAAAGCAGCCACAGCUGCUGAGCCUCAUGCUAGCCUUGCUUGGGGAGGUAUCUCUGCUUUUUUACCAUUUCUCGCUACCGCGCUAUCUCAGACAGACGAUGCUCUAGACGAGCUAGAGUCAAUAUCGAACAUGCUAGUCAAAUUCCGCGCGAUCGAGAUCGUCUACGAUCUGUCAAAAUCGAAAUCUGCAGGGUCUGUUCAUAUCCGUGACUGUCAUAACAAGCUAAGGUCGAAAACCGUCGAGCUCUACGGGAAGAUUCUCGAUCACCAAAUUCAGCUUAUGCAUCAUUAUGAGAAAAAUCAGUUCUCUCGGAUGACCAGGAACAUGAUCCUAGAGCCAAUUGGGGAUUUCCGGGGAAUCAAAAAGGUGGAAGAAGCUGCGGACGAGUUCUUGAAAACCAUUGACAAUAGCGCCAUCCAAACUAUUGAUAGAGGGCUCAGAUCCCUCGGAGACACAGUGAACCGCAACCUAGAAUUGACACGACAAGUGUGCCAAAACACCCGGGAUAUCGGUCAAAGACAGCUCCUCGCCAAUCUCCCCAGAGCCGAAAGCGCGGGGUUUGAUGACAUAUUGGAUGAUAUGGAGCUUCCUCAGUGUCAUGCAAACACCCGAAGAGAGGUGCUCGAUAAAUUCGGCAGCUGGGCAAACGGCGAAGGCGGAGCAAACUGUGUAUUCUGGCUCAGGGGCAUGGCCGGCACCGGAAAGUCAACGAUUGCCCGCACGUUUGCUCAGCAACUCCAUGAUCAGGGUCGCCUCGGUGCUAGCUUUUUUUUCUCCCGAGUCCAAGAUGACCGGAACAAAGCAAGGAAAUUCUUCACCACCCUUGCCCUUGAUCUGAGUCAGAAAGUCUCUGGGUUUUCCAGGUGUUUGGGUGAUAGCCUUUUGAAAAACGGGAAUGUCGAAACGAAAAGCCUCAAAACGCAAUGGAGAUGUCUCAUACUCGAGCCUCUCGAAGAUCUGAGCUCAUUAUUACUCGCACCCCUCGACUUGGUGCUUGUCGUGGAUGCGCUGGAUGAGCUGCAAAGUCCCGAAGCUGUUACUCAUCUCAUUGAACUACUCCUGACGGCAAAGAAACCGAAGAUGAUUCAACUCAGAGUUCUCGUUACCAGCCGGAAUGAGACACAUAUUGUGAAACGCUUCAGCGAACAAUCUGGUGUCACUUGGCUCUCACUAGAAGACGAGGGCUUAUCCGACAGCACAAAACGCGAUAUUUCUAUCUACGCAAGACAUAAGCUUUCUUUGAUCGCGGAGAAGGAGGACCUCAAAGACUGGCCAGCAGAAGAGGAGACACAGCAGCUUUUGCGAUUCAGUGGCGGAUUAUUCAUUGCUGCGGCUACCGCAUGCCGAUAUCUCGAGCGUAGCGACCUCCCGGAGUUGAAGCUCCCAGAGUUUGUCCGUGCUGGGAGGUCAGCGCAUAAGGGAACAGCCGCCCUGGACGACAUGUAUCGUUAUAUUCUUAACCGCAUGCUGACCGAAGGGACUGAUCUGGAUGAAAUCAAGCAGUAUUUCAAACUCAUUGUGGGUACCAUACUCAUUUCUAGGGAACCGCUCUCGAUCUCCGAAAUCGCUGAGCUCCUUGGUCUGCGGUCCAGAUAUAUCCGUCUGAUACUAAAGCCUCUGACGUCUUUCCUGAUUGUCCCCGAAAGCGACAACCGUCCCAUUCAACUGUUCCAUCUUUCAUUCCGUGAUUUCCUUACCAACAAGGAAAGGUGCGAUGAUGAGGCAAUGCUCAUAAACGAAGAUGAAGCCCAUCGAAAAUUGUUCCGUUACUGCUUGGAAAAUCUUUCCAGCUCGCCUAACUUGCUCAAAAAAGACACCUGCGAACUCAAUCACCCAGGCACACUCUCGUCUGAGAUCCAACGGGAAAAGGUCAUUGAGCAAAUUCCGCGAACCGUUCAGUAUAGCUGCCAAUAUUGGGCUCUCCAUUUGAAAUACGCGAAUACUUCCAAAUCAGGGGCUACGGAGAUAUCGAAGGCCUUCAAAUUCAUUAGCACCCAUCUCUUGCAUUGGAUUGAAGUCCUCACUCUCCUCGGAAGAAUAGAUGAUGCCGUGGCUAGUAUUGCAAAAUUGAAAAGCGUCACAGUGGAUGUUGGAGAAGAAUAUUUUCAACAAUUUGCCGAGGAUUCCCAUCGAUUUAUCCUUUACCAUCGGCCUGUGAUCGAAAAAGCACCCCUUCAAGUCUACUAUAUGGCAUCUCUUUUCACACCCACGGAGAGUCUCGUGCGGACUCACUUUUCAGAACAUCAUCCAGCAUGGAUACGCAAGUCUCCAGCCAUGCAAACUCACUGGGGGCCAGAAACACAAACCAUCCCAUGUACUGAGUUCGGUGACAGUUUUGCGAUAUCCUCUGACGAGGGAAUGGUAGCAUUCAGGGAUGGAAAUCAUACUAUCACUGUGUGGAAUUCGAUCAACGGAAAGCUAGAGCAUACUUUCAAACUUGAGUCCUUCAUGGCAUUUGGGACGUUUUUGAUGUUUUCCCAGAAUGCAGACACGCUGACUGCGUCCCUGGUGGGACAUAUACAAGGUGAAAGAAUGUUUAAGGUUUGGAGCCUUAUAACAGGAAGGGCUCUAGCCUUGGAGGCAGACAAAGGAACCUUUCUGUCCUCUCUGAGUGAUUUAAGCAGCUGGACUUUCGAACCUGGCUUUACUGCUGGACAGGGGACAGAACCUUGGAAGGCUGAAACAGGCUGGCCGUUCGAGGCUGGACAUGUGUCACUCUCCGCUAACGGUACGCUGGUAGCUUUCCGUUAUCAAGGGUGUGUCUACAUUGGCGAAACAGAGACAAGGCAAAUCAUUCGUACCUGGAAAUGGGACUCUGAAGUAAUCCAAAUUGCUCUUUCUACCACCAGGGCCGCCAUACUUCUGUCCGGGAAUGUGAUCAAAGUAUGGGACAUUCUCAAUGGCCAUGAAUUUGAGAUACGAAUCACUGGAAUAGGCAUAGCAAAAUGUCUGACUUUGUCUUCUGACGGGAAAAAACUCGCUUGCGCAGGAAAGAACAUUUUCCAGAUCUGGGAUCUUGAUUCCGGCCAAAUGGAGACUACCGUGGAGACACACCUUCCGAUCUUGAAGCUUGCGUUGUUUCCUUUCGGGAAAAAGGUCAUAGUCGUUUCACUUGAUCCUUGUGUGCAACUUUGGGACAUCGGACAACCAAAAGUCUCGAGAACGUCCCAUCGUACCCCUGUCGGUGAAUCAUUUUCUCUCAGUACAGACGGAACCAAGUUGGCCCUUCCCUUUGAGGGAGGCGUUCAAUACUGGGAUAUCAUCAAUGAUAAUGUCCUUGCAAAGCCUGAAGUUCUGCUUCAGAAUGAAAGUAUGGUUUUCGAUGGACACUACCUGUGGAGAAGGUGUCCAGAAAAAGAAGAAGAGCAUCAUUCUGUUGAGAGGCAUCGCCAAGGGCCUCUGCGUGUUUCUCUCGAUCAAACCCGAGUCCUUACCCAAUCAAAUGACCCUUUUCGUCUGGAAGUCACGAGUGUUGACACUGGACACUGUGAGUUCAAAGUCGAUCGGCCCGACGAGAGACUUCUCAUGUCAACUUUGUCUCAUAACCUUGCAAGGAUUGCGAUUGCCUUUCGCAGUGGGGUGGAGAUAUGGGAUUUGAAAAGCCAGGAGAUGAAGAACUUCGAGAGUCCAGAUGGCGCAUAUCCAAUAACCAUGACAUUUUCGCCCCAAGGCACCAGAAUCGCAAUUGGAUGGAGAAACGACACCAUAUCAAUUCAUAAUAUCGCUACGCGUGAGGUUGAGUGGUGGCUAUUUGGUCACCCCUCGGUGGUCCAUAGUUUACAAUUUUCUCCUGAUGACUUGUGGACUGAAGAGCCGUUCUAUACUCUUAGCCGUUCGGCCGAUUGGAUUAUUUACGACAGCAAAGAGAUUCUUGCUCUCCCUCAGGCAUUUCACAGAAUUUCUGAUGACUAUCUGGAUCCGUGGGAAAGCAAAAGAAUAUCCUAUUAUCAUCGGGUUAACUCCCUCGCCUAUUGCUCCAGAUCUAGCGGCAUCGUGACUUUCAUUUUCAAAGGUGUUCCUAAGUUUGAAGAAUAA